GACAAAUCUGUUCCACGUGACUAGUAGUACGGAUGUUUUGUUUACAAGCAGCUGUCAAAUUUUCUCUUGUGCACUUAGGGACAUUUACUAAAUAUGCAUAAAAAGAAGUCAAAAAAGAAGUCUAAAAAGAACAAGAAAGAAUCGAAGAGAUUAUCAUCUACCUCCAGUGAAAACGAUGAAAAGACUUCGCGACGUGAGGAUAGCCUAAAGAAACCUAAGAGUUCGGAAAAAAAUCACCCGGGCCGCGAUCAUGACAGCCCCACAGAGAAUACAAGGCGGGAAAGCUCCACCUCAGGGAAGCUGGUCUCAGAAACAAGCCCCAACCAGGACAGACCUUUCAAAACGGCCGUCUACAGACUGGGGAAAACAGACAGCCAGAGGGAGGAGAAGGCUUCAGAGAAAACGCACACCUGUCGUCCCGCCAGCCUUUCUAAAGACAGGCGUGGGACUGUAGCUGUUCUUCACGAGGGCGCUAACGUCUCAACUUCGAAACCCCUCGGAGCGCAAAGCACCGAUACGGCGUCCCCACGCGAGCAGAGAAGCUCCUCCUCUAAAAGCAGCUCUGGCAAAUCGUCCCACAAGAGCUCCUCGGAAGCGUCCUCAUCCAGACACGGCCCGGCGUCUCAGGCGUCGUCCAGGCAGGCCCCGAGCCCCACGGCCCUCUCUGCUGACCUGGAGGAGCAGAGGAAGAUGCUGGUGAGGAAGAGGCCGAGACCCGAGGAGAAGCCGACGCCCGCGGACGGCAAACGCGCUCGAGCCAGGGUGUCCCCGGAGCGCCCGCCCUCCAGCGGGGCUGAGGAGCCGGGGGAGAAGAGGAGCAGGCUGGGGCGGAGGGUGUCCCCGGAGGACGCCCGGAGGACAGGGAAGGACCAGGAAGGACGGCAAAGAGACACCUCCCCGCUCGAGACGACUCUGGAGUCCUCCCCUACGAGCAGGGACGAGUCCUCUGGGACGAGCACACAGGCCUCCAAGCCUGCGGUCUCCAAGCAUGUCGCCGAACUGUCGGAGACAGCCAAGCCCGCUGUGGCUCACUUCAACACGCCCAAUACCAAACCAAAGCUGCCUUUAACGUUUACGAUACCGAAGAAGACCAAACCUAUAACCGCCUGCAGUGGGAUUUGGGACGAGGACGACAAAGUUGCCUCUGAGAGGAAGCAGAAGACCACAGAGGCAGUGAGGAAACCGACUCAGUCCAAGGCUGAGUUUGGCUCCAAGCUAAUGGUGCCUCGCAAGAUUAGAAUCGGGCCUAUGGACAGAAGUUCCUCCGUCACCAAGACCAAGCAGAUCCGCGGGACGGCUCCGGAAGCUUCCGUCUCCGUGACGCCGGCGUCUCCCCCGCUCCAGAAACACGAGGAGAAGCCGUCGGUCGUCACCAGUUCGCUUCCGACCGAAGCGAGUUCCUCCGAGUCGGCCGAAACACACGACACGGACCAGGAGAUGCUGCUGGCUGAGGAGCUGCACCUGGCCCGCUCUGAGAGGAGGUUGGAGUUGAACGUGGAGGAGAUCUACGGAGAGCUCACCUGCAUGGACAUCGACCCACCAGAGGAGGGCACUGUCCACACACACAAUAAGGAGCUCGUUCAGCAGGAACUGAUAGUCGUCCUCGACACCAACGUCUUCCUCAGCCACCUGGACUUUGUGAAGAAGAUGAUUUCCCAUGGCCUUGGAGGUCUAGGCUUCCCUACAGUGCUGAUUCCCUGGGUGGUCCUCCAGGAGCUGGACUCUCUGAAGAACGGCAAGCGGCUGUCCAGCUCCGUGGCCCACCUGGCCACGCCUGCGGUCCACUACAUCUACACCUCCCUGAAGAGCCAGGAGCCUCGGCUCUGGGGCCAGUCCAUGCAGCAGGCCUCCCAGAGCAGCCUCAACCUCAACACUGAGAAUAACGAUGACCGAGUUCUGCAGUGCUGCCUGCAGUACCAGAGUCUGUACCCAGAGGGCGCUGUGGUCCUCUGCACCAACGAUAAGAACUUGUGCAGCAAGUCCCUGCUGAGUGGGGUGAAGGCUCUCAGCAAGGUGGACCUGGUGGAGGAGAUGGAGAAGGCCACACCCCUUCUCCUCUCCCCCCUCCACCCCCAGACGCCCGUCCCUGCCCCGCCGCUCACCCACCCCCGGACCCCCUUCCUGAUCCAGGCCAGCAGCCUGACCCCGACCCCCCAGACCAGCUUCCAGAGAACCAGCCCCUCCCCAAAGCCUGCGGGGAAAGACGAGGGAAGGAUUUCAGACGGUCACCAGAGAGCGAGAAACGAGGAAAAGGAGAAAAGGAAGGAGGUGGAGGAGGAGGAGGGGAGAAGGAGGAGAUGUGCAGCCAAGGAGGCGAGGGAGCUCAGCGUGUGUGUGUCGGCGCUGGAGGACUGCCUCAAGGGGGCGCUCUCUCAGAUCCUGGAGGUGGAGAUGAAGGCAGCCUUUGAGGACUUAUGGACUGAGAUAGUUUACAUCAAACCACCCUGGACUCUGGCAGACCUCCUGCAGUGUUUCAGGAAACACUGGAUCGCCGUCUUUGGAAACAUUGUCCCCCGAAGUUUACUCCAAUCGGUGGAAAACCUCUGUGAUUUCCUCCGCUCAGGUAAGACAGUGAAGCUCCGCUCCGCCACAGUAGCUGUGUGUGAAGCUAGAGAGCUGCUCCAGUCCUUCAGCUGCCGGCCGGUCUACUCCGGCAGCGUCUCUCCUGCCCUCUCCUCCCUGGACCUGCUCCAGCAGAGGCUGCACGCCCUGCCAGAGAAGGCCCUGGAGGAGAGGCUGGUGUGCGACGGCGACGCCCUCAUGGCGGAGGAAGAACAGGGGGAGGGCCUGUCUCUGCACGCCACACACCAGGAAGUGUGGGCGCUGUUCGAGCUUAUCUGGACCAACGUGUGCCAGAUCAGCUCGGUGGUGUUCACUGCGCUCCGCUUCGACCCGGCUGCCACGGCAGCCAGUCAGCUGGUGGGGGGGGGUCCCCCGCCCCCCCCGGAUGCCCUCUCCUGUCUCCAGAGGCUGCUGUCCACAGUCACCCAGCUGCUGCAGGGCUUCAGCAGGGUCCUCUCUCCAGACGUCAGCCUGGAGGACAGUCAGGCUCUCCUGUCCCUCAUCGUGUCCAGCCAGAUCGCUGCGGUGGAGCCCAGGUGUACCGCCAAACAACUGCAGGACUGUCUGUCUCAGCAGGAGUACAGGGAGAAGCUGUUUAUGGGGGGGGCCCAGAUGGCAGAGCUGAGGGGGAGUUUGGAGCGCUGUGUGGAAGCCAUGGCUCACAGGACCGUCACCACUCCGUGGCUCUGAUUGGACCAGAACCAGGAAGCAUGGCACUCCGUGGCUCUGAUUGGACCAGAACCAGGAAGCAUGGACCACAACGACCGGAACCUUCAAACUCCAACGGAAUCCGAAUGUUAUCGUUUUAUGUUUGAGAUGUUAAGUCAAAAUCCAGUUGGAAUGACUUUUUUUCUUCAAUUAACUGAAUUUUUUUUAUUAUUCAUCUGGGAUCUCAGUGCUCAGCAAGUGUGUUACCCUAAAGACUAUCCUCAGGAAACAAUGCUCUUUGUGACAGGAGUUCCACACCAUCAGCGAGCCCGUCUCACAUCAGUUCACCCUGUACCAGGCAUCAACACUUUGCUGCUUUCUCUUUUAAAAUUGAAAGGACAUUUUUACAUUGAAGUACUGUACACAAGUAUGCGGUUCUCUCUGUAGAUUUGACUCUUGCAGUGUUUAAAUAUAUCCAUCUUAGACGUGUACAUAUGUACAUUUAUUUUCCGAUUGAGUUCUUAGAGCUGUAAUAUGCAAUAUCAUUAAAAAACUAAAUAUUUUGA